AUGCAGAAGGUGAUUCAGAUUUUACCCAACCUAGACACACCGCCGCCGCCGCCGGCGUCGGCGUCGACGCGGCGCGAACGCGCGUCGACGCCCGCGACACCGCGACGGACGCGCGCGCGGCGCCGGGGCAUGCGCGCGCGCACCGCCGGCGCGGUCGCGGCGUCCGGCGCGUCGGUGCGACGCGUCGGGAAGGGAUUCGCGACGCACCCGAGGAUUCGCGCGCGCGCGGUCGAUGCCGUCGGGUUCGGGGCGACGCGAGCGGGACGGGCGCGGGGUGGACGACGCGCGGCGCGGACGCCGCGAGCGGUGAGCGUUGGACGAGGAGCGCGCGCGUUCGAGGACGGUGACGCGGGCGUGGAUGCGCCGAGGGGGGAUGGCGGGCGGCGAGACGACGGGCGGCGGGCGGGGGGCGAGCGCGAGCGGAGACGGCGGUCGAGGGAGAUUCAGGAGUCGAUCGGGGCGUGUGAGCAGGCGUUUGAGGUGUUGAAGAUUGUGGGUGAGAGCGCGGAUGGGUUUAACGCGGUGAAUAGCGUGACGGCGAUGUAUAAGAUCUCGAGGUUGCUCACGUCCCGGGCGGGACGGCUGCGGAGGAGCGAGGCGAAGCAGGUGUGCGCGGACGCGAGGUUCGCCGAACUGCUGGAGAUGGUCGAGGGUGGGGUACAGCAGCUCGAUAAGGUUGGAUUAGAGCAUCGCCGGUGGGCGUACCAGAAAUUGGCGCUGCCGAGCGAGUACAGGAUGAAGGCGGCGCUGAGCAUUCGCUUGCUGGACCGAGCCAAGGACUUGCAGGGCGACUUGAUGGACGCGAGCGACGUGGAGGUUAUUUUGACAACGGUAGAGGAACAGGAAGAGGUGUUCAAUAAAGUCAACGCGUCUACCGCGCUGCAUCGCGUUGCACGUCUGGCGACGCAAAGGGUUCCGGGUCAAACCAAGCCAUCGUUGGAUCGCGCCGCGCUCCUCGGCGACGAGCGAUUCCAGACGCUCAUGAACAUGGUGGAUCGAAUGGCUGGGGAGAUGUCCAUGCAGGGUGUCUCUAACGUCCUCUGGGCGCUCGCGAGGCUGGAGUAUCCCGUGCAAGAGACGCUGUUGGACGCGCUUUCCGCUCGAGCCGCGACGCAAGCUUCCUCGGCAGAGCCGAAGAACUUGAGCACCACCCUCUGGGCGCUCGCCGCGCUCGGACACAAGCCGAGGAGCAAGUUAUUGAAGGCGAUCGCCGAUCAGGCGCUGAUCGUCGUGGACGACUUUAGAGCGCCGGAUGUCGUGAAUAUGCUCUGGGCGUACGCGCGUUGGUCAAGGUACCUCCCGCCGUCUGACCGUCCGAUGCCCGUCGUGCAAGCCAUGUUGGACCAAGCGGUGCACACGAUGCAGAGCUACACGCCGUAUCAGCUUGCGAACCUGUGCUGGUCUCUCGCCAUGCUCGACUGCCCGCCAUCGCCACGCGUACUGGAGUACAUCUUGCAAACGGUCGCUCUUGAGCCAGGAAAACUGGACGGUACCGCUCUCACGCACGUCUUGUGGGCGUACGGCGUCAUGGGCACGCCCUUCAACGGCGCCUCGAGUGAUUUCGCCAAACUUCUUCGUGAGGCUGGUCGCCGCGCGGGGGCAGGCCAAGUCGGGCGCACGGGUGCUGCAGGUGUUCUGUGGGCAUGCGGUCGUCUGGGCGUCGAACCCGACGCCAAAGACACCGCGCGUUUGGUCGAUCGUAUUUACAGCAAACUCGGCGCAAAGACAGUUGAUCCGCAGGCGCUUGUCCACUCGGUGUGGGGUGUCUCGACGUUUGAAAACUACUCUUUCGACGAUAAGAUGAAGAAAGAGGUGUUACGAAACGUGCACGAGCUCUCGAGCACAGGAGCCAUAGGAUCGGUGCACGCGAACGCUCUUCGCGACUCUGCUGAAGAUUCCGGAAUUCCUCUGUCGUCUCUGGACAAGGUCCUCUCGUGA